GACAGACAUCUGUCAGGAGAUUUUAUUUCUAGAAGAAAGAAAAAUAAGCUGAGACUGCUGAGAGAUUCCUUAGUUCUGUGGUGAAUUGCAAAACAAAAGUGUUUUCUUAUAAUAUAAUGAGAUCAGUGCAUUUCUUGAGUUGAACAUAUUCCAGUAACACGGUCAUCAUGAGCAAGCACAUGUAUUCCACUGCUAACUUGACUGACAAAGAACUGAAAGAACAAGGAAACAGAUUAUUCAGUCUGAGGAGGUUUGAGGAUGCUAUGAACUGCUAUACUAAAGCUAUAAUAAAAAAUCCAUCAGUUGCAACCUACUUCACGAACCGUGCACUAUGCCACCUGAAGAUGAAGCAUUGGGAGGCCACAUGCCAGGAUUGCAGGCGUGCACUUGACAUUGACAAUAAUCAAGUGAAAGGACACUUCUUCCUUGGACAAGCUUUAGUGGAACUGGAGUGCUAUGAUGAAGCCAUCAAACAUUUGCAUCGAGCUAGUGACUUAGCACGUGAACAAAAACUAAACUUUGGGGAUGACAUAGCGGCCCAGCUUCGCAUUGCAAGGAAAAAACGAUGGAACGUCCAGGAGGAAAAGAGGAUAUCGCAAGAGAUUGAACUGCAGACUUAUUUAAAUAGGUUAAUUAGUGAAGAUAUGCAACGUAGAAUAGAAGCAAUUAAAUUAGACAAUACUAAUGAGGAUGAUACAAAUAUGAAAAUUACAAAGGUUGAGGAGGAAUGCAACAACUACACUAGCGAGCUUAAUAAUUUAUUUUCCAAAAUGGACGAAAGGAGAAGGAAACGCGAUGUGCCAGACUACUUGUGCGGUAAAAUAAGCUUUGAGAUACUGAACGAGCCUGUGAUCACACCCAGCGGCAUCACAUACGAGAAGAAAGAUAUUGAGGAACAUCUUGAGCGAGUCGGCCAUUUUGACCCCGUGACCCGUGUGAAGUUGACCGCAGACCAGCUUAUACCCAACUUCACUAUGAAGGAGGUGGUCGACGCGUUCCUUCAGGAGAACGAGUGGGCACUAGAUUAUUAGACUAAAUUGAAAGAACUCUUAUGUUCUUUUUUAAAGUAUCUUUAGACGCAAGAACAAUCAAGAACGGAGUUUACUGGGGCGUCGUAAUAUUAUUAAUGCGUAAGUGAGUUUGAAAUUCCUUGCUAUUCAAGGGAAUCACAAUUAUAUUUAACUGAUUUCAAACAGGAAGAGGUUUUAAUUCGACCUUAUUUUCCGAUUUUAAAAAGUUUACUUAAAGUCCGCUCAAUUUAAGAUUAAUCAAAAUGCUUCAAAGAGAGACAAGAUAAGACACUCCAUUUUUGUGAACAGAACUCAUGGUCUAAAGAGAAAUAAGAAAUUUUAAUAUAAGAUGCGUAAGAAUUCUUUGGUUGGUUUGGUUACCGGAUGAAUGUGUUUGCGUCUAAAGGUAUAGUUAUUGGGCCAAUUAUUUUUAUUCCCUUUUGGGCGCUUCUUAAACAAUCAAACUAUAUUUAAUAUAGUUAUACGCAUAUUGGUGUGUUAAUUCAUCCCGCUAAUGAACUAGACUAUUUAUAGGGCUUCUUUUUACAUGUAAUAUCUUUUUUGUGAAAUGUCCGGUUUGGCAAUUAAUCCUUAUUGCAGUUUUAAGAAAAUAGCAAUACAUUAAGUAUAACAUUUAAUUUUGAACUUUAUUCUUUGAACACACCUUUUAUUUUAAAUUGUUGGUCGUGCAGUUUUUGAGUUUCGUCAAUAUUUUCUCCCCCUUAUUCCCUAUUCCUAUUGCAUGUGAGGUCGGAACAUUACGUCGGCAUUGUCGAAUUUCUACUUGCAAUCUCACUAUAAACUCCAUUUCUACUAAUGGUGUUUUUACUCUAUCUUAAAACCAUCACUUCCUUUUUUGUAAUGUGAUCUUCUUGUCUUAUUAUAUUUUCGUACUAAUCUAACCUUUUAAAAUAUGGUAUCGUCCGUACAUUAAAUGAAAAAAAAAGAUAAUUUAAAGAUAAUUAAAUUACUAAAUUUCAUUAUUACGAUUCUUUUUGACCAAGUUCCUACAAGCAAGGCAUUUCGCUAUAAAAUUUGUACAAAAAGGACAGUCUAUAUUAAAAUUCAAUGUAAUUCGGUGUCUUAAACACAAUAAUUAAUAAUUAUAAUAUGGUAAUGAUAAAAUGAAUUUUUCUGAUUAUAUAGAAAAUUAGUACUUUGAUGAUAAUAUCUUGAUGCCUUUCCCUUGUAAUUUAGCCACGUCUGCCAAUUUUUUUUUUCUUUUUUCUCUUCCAAAGACUUUCUUUACUUGGCACUCUAGGCUUAUUCACAUUUGUUUAGUCUUUUUAAUUAUAAAAUUUCUUUUUUGUAUUGGUGCCGUGUGGCUCCCGGCACCAAUACAAAAAAGAAUAGGACCACUCCAUCUCUUUCCCAUGGAUGUCGUAAAAGGCGACUAACGGAUAGGCUUACAAACUUGGGAUUCUUUUUUAGGCGAUGGGCUAGCAACCUGUCACUAGUUGAAUCUCAAUUCUAUCGUUAAGCCAAAUAGCUAAACUGGCCAUUCAUUCUUUUCAAGACAGUUGGCUCUGUCUACCCCGCAAGGGAUAUAGACGUGACCAUAUGUAUGUAUGUAUAAUUAUAAAAAGUGACUCAUAAAUUAUCUUCCAAUAAAUUCGAAGCACUGAAUGAAUUUUGUUUAAGAUUAUUGUUUGAAGGAUUGAAAAUAUCAACGGGAUUGAAACCGAGGGCUAGUGUUCCUAAAUAAUAAUAAAAUUUAAAAAAAAAACAAAUCUUCGCAAAAUUUGGCUCAAAUCUACUGUAACUUAAAAUGAAUGAAAAUGCCAAUUUAUGGCGUCACGCAUAGACUUUUAAAUUCCAUUUCUAAGUUAGAAAAUCGUAAACAGACAUCAGAAUGUAAAUUCAAUUUGGAUAUCUGUAAGGUCAUUUACAUACUGCUGAUUACAAAAUAUUUUUUUAAUUGCAUAUUUGUGGAAUGAUUUCAAAUAGACGUUACUAGAACCCGUAGUCUGCCUUAAAUUCUUUAAGUAUCUAAGUUGUAAUGCGAUUCUACAUUGUUUUUAUACGUGUAAUUAUUUAUCGCCAGGAAACAAAAAGUAGGAAAAUUAUUAUCAUAAUUUUAAUUUGGCAAUCCAUGAACGUAUACUAUUAAGAAAUUAUUAAAUUUAGAAUAUGAUGUCUUAAUUCUUUUAUCUGAUUAUGCUAUAAGAUUUCGUUUCUUGCAAAAUUGCAUAAUACAUUGUUUAAGCAAAUGUAAUCAGGUUAAUAACGAAAUACAUAAUUAUGUAUACAUACUUAUAAUGUUAAGUAAAUAUAUUUUUAGUGUUUGAUUAAAUUAUUUUUCAUUAGAUUUACCUUCCAAUGGUGUGUUGCAUAAUUUAAAUGUCAUUUAUUCUUGUAAAUCUUAGGUAUGUUCUAAAAUGUUAAUUUUUUAUGAAGACUCAUGCCUUUAUUUUUAGUAUUAUGAAUUCGAGUUUGGCUAGUCUCUUAUAAGAACCGUAAAUAAGAUAAUGGACCAUUGGACAUUACUACUACUAAUAAGAUGUUGAUUUGCAAAUUUUUCUAUGUUUUAUUCGCAAAAUGCUGUGAUGAGGAUAAAGACAUCAUAUUUUUGCUUUUUAGGUGGUUCGAAAACGGCAAGCUCCGUUUUGCUCAUUUCGAUUAAUAUUUGGCAAAAAAGGAUGAAUGUAAACUACUAUUUACCUAAAGCCAUGAUUAAUUGUUCAGUAAUAUUGGAACAUAUUUAGAUUAGGUAAACAGAUUAGGUCUGGUCAUAAGUUAUGACGGUAAUGUUACGAAUAAGUAAAUGUUAUUUUAUACUUC